AUUUUGAAUCGUGCCUACAGUGUGCUGUCCGAUAAGCAGAAACGAGCAGUUUACGAUGAAACAGGUAUAAUAGGUGAUGAUGUUGAAAUCAGCUCGGACGAUGUGGACCUUGUGGCCUGGGGUCGGAUGAUGUUCAAAAAGGUGACGAAACAGGACAUCGAUCAAUUCAUUCAGGAAUAUAGAGAUUCCGGCGAAGAAAGGAGCGCGGUGAAGGAAGCGUACAUAAAUCACAAUGGAGAUAUGCGCAAGAUUCUGGACACUGUACUGGGCGUUACCUAUGAGGAUGAGGAGCGCUUGCGCAGCAUGAUCAACGAGAUGAUCGAAGCCGGCGAGCUUAAAGCAACACGCAAAUUCCUUGCAGAACCCGAAAAACGGAAAUCCAGGCGAAUCAGAGCGGCGAAGCGCGAAGCUGAGUCGAAGGAAGGCGAAGGUGCGCUCGUUGAGCUGAUACAGAAUCGACAGAAGCAAAAACUGGCAUCGUUGGAUGCAUUCUGCGACUCUCUUGCCCAAAAAUAUGCCAAGAAGCCGAGAAGAGCAAAAAAGUGA